AUGGCAGAGUGCAAUGCCACAAAGCAUCCAAUAGAACCCAAGACACAGUUGCAUAAGGACUUGGAAGGGACUCCAGUUGACACCACGGAGUACAGACGUAUUUUUGGUUGUCUAAGAUAUUUGCUACACACACAGUCGGACCUGUCAUACUCUGUUGGAAUGGCAAGCAGAUACAUGGAGAGGCCUACAAUCAUUCAUCACAAGGCGGUUAAACAGAUUCUCAGGUAUUUGAAAGGUACAAUCUAUUUUGGGCUUGUUUACAUAAAGGGACCCCAAGAAAUUGGUAUAUUCGGCUACUCGGACAGUGAUUUAGUCGGCGAUCUCGAUGGGAGGAAAAGCACAAGUGAAAUGACUUUCUAUUUUAAUGAAAGUUUAGUGUCAUGGAAUUCACAGAAGCAGAAGACAACGGUGCUUUCAUCGUGUGAGGCAGAGUUUACGGCAGCCGUAACUACGACCUGCCAUGCUUUGUGGUUAAGGAGCCUUGCCAGCUAA